AAAAAUCUUAAUUUUGGUCAAGAAUUGACCCGUUUGUUAAAUUUGAAGGGUGAAAAGUGUCGACUUGCCUUUGGUGUACAUCUGAGUUGAACUCGUGACUCGGGGAUCAUACGUAAAACGAAAAUCUAGUGCCACUGAAAGUUUCCAUUUUUCACAAAUGCGAAUCGUGAUAACAUACGCUUCAUAGAGUUUAUGCCCUCCGAAUCUCCACCCCUUUAUUCAAUCACAAUUUUUUUGAUAAAUACGGUUUGAUUGAUUCAUAGAGGGGGUGGUGGUGUUUAGAUCCGUUAGGUAUCCGAAAAAUCACGAAAUAUAGAUCUUGAUUGACCAAUCAAUCACCCCGAUUCGAAUUUCGAAUUUCGAGUUGUUGGCUGGUUGUGAUCUCGUGUAUCCAGGAGAAUAAGGAAUCAUGUCAUUCUAGUUUUAAUCUAUAUCAAGCUGAUAGAGUAGAUACAGGAAUCACCAUCUUCAAAACACAUCACAAUAUUUUAGAAACUACAAGAUAAUGUCAGAAGGGGGAGGUGAUGUUGACAAGAGGGUGGAAAAUCAUGUUGGAGAUGCUAUACCACCUUAUGCAAAAUCAAACGACAUGAGUCCUCAAGAUAUUGGAAAUUCAAAAGAGGAUAACAUUUUAUCCAAUGGUAACCCUAACCCCAUUUCUGAUGACACUCAAGAUCAUCUAAUGCAAACGGUGGCAGAACUCAAAUUUCAGAAUGAAUACUUUAAGUCUCAUUUCCAUGAUUUGAAGAAUCUAUACACAGAUUCAACUGGUUCUAUCCAACAAACAAAGACAAUUGAACAAGAUGAGACACAUGAAGAUUCAAAAGAGUUGCAUGACAAAAUAGCAUCCUUGAACAAAGAACUAAUAGAAGAAAGACAAACACGAGCUGCUGCAGAGGCAGCUUUGGAACAUCUUCGUAUAGAAUACUCAGAGGCAGAUGCCAAAUGCCAAGAGCUUGCUGCUAAACUAGCUGAAGUUGAAAAGAAUCUGGAGCAACAGGUAAAAGAGCGUGAUGAGAAGAAUUCUGAACUUGAUUCCAAGUUGAAUAGGCUUCACAAGCGAGCAAAACAAAGAAUUCAAGAGGUUCAGAAGGAGAAAGAUGACAUUGAGGCCAAAUAUAAAGAAGUCAAUGAAAAGUCAGAGCAAGCUUCAUUACAGCUGUCAGGAUUACAGCAGGAGCUUGAUCGCACACGUCAGCAUGCUAAUGAGGCACUCAAAGCAAUUGAUGUAGAAAGACAACAACUUCGAAGUGCAAACAAUAGACUUCGGGACAAUAUUGAAGAGCUGAGACGUUCUUUGGAGCCCAAAGAGAAUACCAUUGAGACAUUGCAACAGUCGCUUGUAGAAAAAGAACAGAUGUUAGAGAACAUGAAAGGGCUAUUACAAGGAGCAGAAGAAAAGAGGCAAGCUUCAAUGGCUGAACUUUCUUCAAAACAUCAAAAGCAAAUAGCAAAUUUGGAAGCUCAACUUGCUGACUCAUCAGCAGAUAGAACAAAAGCAACUGAAACAAUAUCUUCUCUACAGAAACUUGUUGCAGAAAAAGAGUCAAAACUGGCAGAGAUGGAUGCAGCUUCAAGUGGUGAAGCUGCAAGGCUUAAAGCUGCCAUGGAGACUAUUAAAGGGGAAAUUACUCACCUGAAAAAUGAACACGAGAAAGAGAAAGAAAAAUGGGAAGCCACCACUCAGGCACUCAGCAGGAAGCUUGAGAUUGCUGAGGCUAACUGUAUACGUGCUGAAAUUGAAGCAGCCAAAAUGAAAAGUCAGAUGGCUCUAGAACUAUCUGUGCUGAGUCAGCAGUCAAACACCAAAGAGUCCGAGUUAAUAACUGCUAAAGAGGAGAUAAAACGUCUAGAAAGUGAAUUUGCUUCGUAUAAAGCUCGUGCACAUGCACUUCUUCAGAAAAAGGAUGCUGAGCUGGCAUCUGCUAAAGAUAAUGAACAGCUUAAAGCCCUUGAAGAAGCACUAAAGGAGGCUGAAAAUGAAAUAGUGAUAGUAUCUGCUGAAAGGGACAAAACCCUCCAUGAUCUUGAAAAUGCUCUAACUCAUCAUGACAAAGAACUCAGUGCCAGAGAUGAAGCUCUUAGCCUUGUUGAGCAACAGGUGAAGAACAUGGAAAUGAAGCUCUCUUCUGCAAUUUCUAGCCAUCGAUCCGAGAAAGAAAUCUGGGAGAAGAAUCUUCAAAAUGUGGAAGAAACCUGGCAAUUGAGAUUCCAGGCGCUGAAGGCUGAAAUUGAACAACAAAAGUCAACACCUGAUGAAACUCUACAAAAAGAAGUACAAGAUGUCCAAACACGAUAUAAAAAAUUAAAGGAAGAACAUGAUUCAUUUCGUGAGCUUGCUGAUAAGAUGAUUGAAGAGAAGGACAUGGAGAUUUCAAGACUUGUAGACAACAAUAAGAAUCUUGUUCGUUCAUUAUCAUCAAAGCCAUCGGCAAACAACAAUGAGAAUGGCCAUAAUAUGGGUUUCACAGGACAGGAUUCUCCAAACACCUCAGUUGCAGAACAACAGAUAUUGAUAUUGGCUAGGCAACAAGCUCAAAGGGAGGAAGAGCUAGCCCAGUCUCAGAGACACAUUCUUGCACUUCAAGAGGAACUUGAAGAGCUUGAACGCGAAAAUCGUCUUCACGGUCAACAGGAAGCUAUGUUAAAGGAAGAGCUUCGGAACAUGGAAAGAUCACAAAAGAGGGAAGGAGUGGAUAUGACAUAUCUUAAAAAUGUCAUAGUAAAGCUUCUUGAAACAGGUGAAGUGGGGGCUCUACUACCUGUUAUUGCAAUGCUCCUUCAAUUCAGCCCUGAUGAGUUUCAAAAGUGUCAAAACGCGUAUCGGCCAUCUACAGAUGUUCCACCCAGCCCAGUUGCAAGUGAAACCCCUGGAUCUGGGCUCUCCCUCUUCUCACGCUUCUCCUUUUCAUAACAAGUCAAACAGCAUCAUCAUAUAUGCUAUAUUCUUGUAUUCUUUUUGUAACAGUCUUACU